CUACUCUAUGCAUUCGGUCAAACUGCGUAGUGUGAACAACCCUGAAGUAGCAAAGCUCCGUUUAGGAUGGUGUUUCAUUCCCUGUGACCUAGAAUUUCGAACGUCUUAGACAGAUGGUUGUCAUGUUGACCAUAAUUCUAUAACAAUUUAAUCGUUUUAUUUACACAAUCUAUGAUUAUACUCUUAAUUUUGUGGUUCGUAACAAUAAGGCACUGAAAAUAACUACCAUAAAGUAAACCUGGUGUUCAAUUCUCUUGUAGAAUAUUUUCAAGAUUUUUUUGUUUCAAAGAUCGUAAGAGGAAAAUGUAUCAUUUUGCCGAAUAUAUUUUACAACAUUCUAUUGUAAUAUAAUUUUAAGCACAAUACACAUUGUUUAACAAUAGUGAUUUGCGAAUAUAACGUUGAGUUUCAGAACAGCAAUUCUAAAAUAUAUAUUUGCAAAUUUCAUAAGAGGAAAUGGUUAAUCUUUCGUUAUGAAACUAUUAUGAUAGGAUCAAAAUGGCGUGAAAGAAAUGAAAAAUUGUGCAUUAGCAGUCAUAAAUAGUGAUGAUAAGGGUUGAUACUCUUAUAUUUACUAGUAGGCUUGAAUGGAAAUGGUUAUAGGAGCAAGAAAUGUAAAACAACUACUGGUAUUGCUAAUUAGUGGUUUUGUUGUGCUGUGCUUGUACAGAAGCUGGGCCUAUACGGAGAAGGUAUCGUACAGUUAUCAUGAUGACAAAUCAGGAAAGGUAUACAACGCUGUGGAACAAACCAUGUCCCAGUAUCCAGAUACAGGCAGUGAAAACCUGCAAGGAGCACAGAGGCAAAUUAAAGAACUGGAGAAAAAAAUUAAGGAUCUUGAGAAGAGAAUUCCUCAGAGAUAUCCAGACGUGAAAUAUUUGAAUUACAGAUCAAGAAAACGCAUUCUUGUUACAGGUGGGGCAGGUUUUGUUGGCUCUCAUCUUGUGGACAGAUUGAUGAUGGCUGGUCAUGAAGUCAUAGUGGCAGAUAACUUCUUUACUGGACGCAAACAGAAUGUGGAUCACUGGAUUGGUCAUGAGAACUUUGAAUUGAUUCAUCAUGAUAUUGUAAAUCCUUUGUAUAUAGAGGUGGAUGAAAUCUACCACCUUGCAAGCCCAGCAUCACCGCCGCAUUAUAUGUACAACCCUGUUAAAACCAUUAAAACUAACACCGUAGGCACAAUAAACAUGUUAGGUCUAGCUAAGCGUGUGGGAGCUAGAGUGUUGAUUGCCAGCACAUCCGAAGUGUAUGGGGAUCCUGAAGUGCAUCCACAACCGGAGAGUUACUGGGGUCAUGUUAAUCCCAUAGGUCCAAGAGCUUGCUAUGAUGAGGGCAAACGUGUAGCAGAGACUUUGAGCUAUGCCUACGCUAAACAAGAAAAAGUUGAUGUCAGAGUAGCAAGAAUUUUCAACACAUUUGGUCCAAGAAUGCAUAUGAAUGAUGGUCGAGUUGUUUCAAACUUCAUAUUACAAGCUCUGAAGAAUGAACCAAUUACAAUUUAUGGUCAUGGAAAGCAGACACGAUCUUUCCAGUAUGUUUCUGAUCUUGUAGAUGGGCUGAUUGCACUUAUGGCUUCCAAUUAUACUCUCCCUGUUAAUUUAGGAAAUCCUACUGAACACACAAUUGAAGAGUUUGCAUCAAUGAUAAACCAACUAGUAGGAAAAUCAAGUACAAUCAAGCAAGUGGCAGCUGUAGAAGAUGAUCCUCAGAGAAGAAAGCCUGACAUUUCCCGAGCUAAGAAGUAUCUUGGAUGGGAGCCUAAAGUGCCGCUUAUGGCUGGUCUCCGGAAGACGGUACUUUACUUUGAAAAAGAAAUACAAAGAGCUACCAGGAGCAGCGAAACUUUUAUAGACCAGAAGAAAGAACAUUUUCAUCUCUACAAGAUUUAAAGUAGUAGUGCAGUAUGUAGGUCAUAAAAGAAAAUGCUUAUUUUUUUAAGAAGCAGUGAUAUGUGACUUAUUUUCUGUAAUUUAUUUCAUAUUGACAUAGCUGAUGGCUGCAGUAAGUUUGUAAAUUAUCAUUUUUCCAAAUUGUUUCUACCUUUGAAACAAUUUUAUCUUAAGAAAACUUUGAGUAAGAACAUAUGAUGCUUUCCUUUAAAUUGUUGAUUGUGUGUGUGAUGAGUAAUGCAAGAACUAUGAGUGAAUAAUUAUACAGUUUAGUUAUCCAUUAGUGCAUCUGAUUAUGUAAAUGUACCCAGUAUAAUCUCGAAGUUCCACUUUGUCUCUUGUGUUUUUAAUGUUUAUGAUCUAUUUGUAUUUGCAUGAAUAUAGGUUGUGUGCAAAUA